AUGCGCCCUGCCUCCAGCUGGUGGCGCUCGAGUCCGGCUGAACGGCGGCGGCGAGGGGCGGGCGCGCGCCAGGGGCGCGCGCGCCACCCCUCUCGCCUCCACCCAACUCCCCCAUUAGUGCGCGAGUUUACCUCUAGAGGUCAUCAGGCAGGAUUUACGACUGGACAACAAAAGCACGUGAUUCGAAGUCGUACCCCAUAUUUGGGUGCCUACGUAGGAGGGAACCGAGUACAUGUCCCAGUCAUUUCCAUAAUUCAUCAUAAAUUGUGCAAGGGUGCUAUAGACGCACAAACGACCGCGAGCCACAAAUCAAGCACACAUAUCAAAAAACAAAUGAGCUCUUAUUUUGUAAACUCAUUUUGCGGUCGCUAUCCAAAUGGCCCGGACUACCAGUUGCAUAAUUAUGGAGAUCAUAGUUCCGUGAGCGAACAAUUCAGGGAGUCGGCGAGCAUGCACUCCGGCAGGUACGGCUACGGCUACAAUGGCAUGGAUCUCAGCGUCGGCCGCUCGGCUUCCGGCCACUUUGGCUCCGGCGAGCGCGCCCGCGGCUACGCGGCCGGGGCCGGGGCGGCGCCCGCCGAGCCCAGGUACAGCCAGCCGGCCACGUCCACGCACUCGCCACCGCCCGACCCUCUGCCCUGCUCGGCGGUGGCCCCCUCGCCCGGCAGCGACAGCCACCACAGCGGCAAAAACUCCCUGGGCAACUCCAGCGGCGGCGCCUCGGCCAGCGUCGGCGGCGGCGGCGGCGGCGGCAGAGAAGGGGUUGGCACGGCGUCCGCGGCCGAGGAGGACGCCGCUGCCAGCAGCGAGCAGGCGGGCGCCCAGAGCGAGCCGAGCCCGGCGCCGCCGGCCCAGCCCCAGAUCUACCCCUGGAUGCGCAAACUGCACAUUAGUCACGACAACAUAGGUGGCCCAGAAGGCAAAAGGGCCCGGACGGCCUACACGCGCUACCAGACCCUGGAGCUGGAGAAGGAGUUCCACUUCAACCGCUACCUGACCCGCCGGAGAAGGAUUGAAAUAGCACAUGCCCUUUGCCUCUCCGAGAGACAGAUAAAAAUCUGGUUCCAGAACCGGAGAAUGAAGUGGAAAAAAGACAACAAGCUGAAGAGCAUGAGUAUGGCUGCGGCCGGGGGGGCCUUCCGCCCCUGAGCGUCCGCGCGCGUUCCAGUACUGAGCAGUGUUAGCGGAGCUAGCUCUCCGUAGUAUCAGUGCUAAGGUGACUUUCCGAGACUCCCCCCCCCCCCCGUGUUCCUUCUGUGAAGAAGCCCUGUUCUCGUUGCCCCCGAUUCAUCUUUUAAUCAUGAGCCUGUUUAUUGCCAUUAGAGCGCCUGUAUAAGUAGGGAUCUGCUUCUGUUCAUCUCUUUGUCCUGAAUGGCUUUGUCUUGAGAGAAAAAAAAAAUAGAUGUUUUAACUUAUUUAUAUGAAGCAAGCUGUGUUACUUGAAGUAACUAAAACAAAAAAAGAAAAGAAAAAAGAAAAAAAAAAAACAAA